CGGGGCCUCACUAGGCCGGAAGCGCGCGGCGUGCGGCGGGGGAUCGGGCUCCGGGUCUGGCUGCAGGCCCCGUGCGCGGCGCGGGGGUCGGGCCGCCAUGGUGCUGAGCCCGGUGAUCGGGAAGCUGCUGCACAAGCGCGUGGUGCUGGCCAGCGCCUCCCCGCGCCGCCGGGAGAUCCUCAGCCACGCGGGUCUCAGGUUCGAGGUGGUUCCUUCCAGGUUCAAAGAGAAGCUUGAUAAAGCAUCCUUCCCCACGCCUUAUGCCUACGCCAUCGAAACAGCCAAGCAGAAGGCCCUGGAGGUGGCCAGCAGGAUGCACCAGAAGGACCUCCGGGCCCCCGAUGUUGUCAUCGGAGCGGACACCAUUGUGACGGUCGGGGGGCUGAUUCUAGAGAAGCCGGUGGACAAGCAAGACGCGUACAGGAUGCUCUCCAGGCUGUGCUCGGGGCUUUCCAACCCCACAGCGAAGGCCUCUGUUCCUGCAGGAAACCCCAGACACCGCCCCCGCUCCCCACUAGUCUGGGUCUACAGCCAGCUGGACACGGAGGUGUCCGAGUUCCACGAGGAGACCACGGUGAAGUUCUCCGAGCUGUCCGAGGAGCUCCUGUGGGAAUACAUCGACAGCGGGGAGCCCAUGGACAAGGCCGGUGGCUAUGGGAUCCAGGCGCUGGGCGGCAUGCUGGUGGAGUACGUCCACGGAGACUUCCUCAACGUCGUGGGCUUCCCCCUGAACCACUUCUGCAAGAAGCUGGUGGAGCUGUACUACCCCCCCCACCACGAGGACGUGCAGCGGGUCAAGCACGACUCCAUCCCACCCGUCGACACUUUCGAGAACCUGAGCGACGUGGAAGAGGGCAGCUCAGACCCUGCUCGGGGCAAUGAGGGUGGCGGCCACCGAAGGGCAGAGGCGGGCAGUGGCAGAGGACAGGUUCCUGCUGGCUCGCAGGGAGCAGACUCUCACGGGACAGUGGAGAUCACGCCCCCGUUCCCAGCGGGCCUUCUGGAACUCGUGGAGGGCUUCAAAGCAUCAAAGGCCCUGUUCAUAGCUUGCAAGCUGAAGGUGUUUGAUGUACUCAAAGAUGAAGCCCCACUGAAGGCCGUGGAUAUUGCAGGCAAAAUUGACGCCUCUGUGUGUGGAACUGAACGGCUCCUGGAUGUCUGUGUGGCCCUGGGAUUACUAGAGAAGACAGACAGAGGUUACUGCAACACGGACCUGGCAGAUCUGCAUCUGGCGUCGGACGGCGAGUAUUCUCUGCACGGCUUGGCCAUGCACAGCAACGACCACGCCUGGAACCUCUUCACAGACCUGGAGCUCGCUGUGCGGGAGGGAGCCAACGCGGCUUUCGGGAGGAAGGCGGAAGACCCCGUUCAGAGCAAGCAGACCAAGCUGCAGUUCAUGCGGGCCAUGCACGGCCUCACCAACCUGACCGCACGCCAGGUGGCCACAGCCUUCGACCUGUCCCGAUUCAGCUCCGCCUGCGACCUGGGAGGCUGCACAGGUGCCCUGGCCCGAGCGCUCACCCGGGAGUACCCGCGUCUGAAGGUGACCGUGCUUGACCUCCCGGAGGUCAUCGAGCACGUCCCGUGCUUUCAACCUGAAGGACGGCAGACCGAGCGGGUCAGCUUCGUGCCAGGUGACUUUUUCAAGGACGGCCUACCGGAGGCAGAACUGUACAUCCUGUCCAGAAUUCUGCACGAGUGGCCGGACGACAAAGUGCACGAGUUGCUGAGCCGCGUCUCGGACAGCUGCAAGCCAGGCGGUGGCAUCUUGGUGGCUGAGACAGUCCUGGAGGAGAAGCGACCAGCACGGGGCAGCCUGCCCGCGUCCUUGAACCUGCUGGUGCGGACCCAGGGGCGGGAGCGCAGCCUGCCCCAGUACCGCAGGCUGCUGGAGCUGCAUGGCUUCUGGGACGUCCAGCUGGCGCACGCGGGAGACAGGCUGGACGUGGUCCUGGGCACCAGAGCCUCGCCACCCUGAGGCCCCCGGCAUUACACGCUGCUCUCCCAGGAGGCCCACGGGGCUCCCCGUCCCCAGUGUUGGCCGCCAGGUGCAACGAUAACCGAUAGCUCACCAACCAUGUAACCUAACAGAUUAAAGCAGCAAAACGCACUUGCUCCAAGCUCGUUUGUGGGUCCCGAGAUGGGACAGGCCGUGCCCAGAGGGGGGCAGCGCCGGCCAGGGGCUCGCCCGAGGUCCCGCCCGUGGCUGGAGCCCCUCCGCCUGUGGAAAGGCGGCGUGGCACCCAGGGGCACGGUGGGCAGGAGCCUGGGGCCUGCCUGGCGCUCUCCAGCAGGUGUCAGCGUUCGGCGCUGCCCUGGCCCCCACCUGCUGACAUGGUUGAGCCCCUCCUCCUUCACGCCUGUUCUAAACGUGCUUGUCCAUGUGAGUCCCAGGGGCACCCGGGGACACCUGCAGUGUGAUGGGUUCCUGGGGCGCCCCAUCUCCUACCCCCUCUGCCCGGAUGCUGGGAGGCAGGGCCACCUCCGCCCCCUGCGACAUGCGCUCGCUCUCUCUCUCUUUCUUUCAAAUAAAUGAAUAAAAUCUUCUUAAAAAUUAAUAAUAAAAAAUAAUUGUAAAAAUAAGCUACUGUAUGUAGCUCGUAAAAUAGACAAGUAUAUGCAAAUUCUCUCUGUAUAUGAACAUAUUUUAUAUAACAAUAAAUUGUCUUAUAUACAAUUA